GGACUGCCGGAGGCGCGGGGUGACUCUGGGGCAAUGCGAAGCCCGGCGGCGUGCCAUGGGCGUCCCCCGUACCCUGCCAGUGGAAGGUGCAGCCAGCGACAGCUCCUACUGGCCGAGGCAGUGGGCUGUGCCCGAGUCUCCUCCCUUUGGCCAGCUGCAGGCCUGCAACCUGAGCUACACUGAGCCCAUGGCCGCCCAGCAGCUCUUCCGCGCGCUGGUGUCCGCGCAGUGGGUGACCGAGGCCUUGCGGACUCCGCGCGCAGCGCAGCCCCUGCAGCUGCUGGACGCCUCCUGGUACCUGCCGAAGCUGGGCCGUGAUGCCCGCCGUGAGUUUGAAGAGCGCCACAUCCCGGGCGCCGCCUUCUUUGACAUCGAUCAGUGCAGCGACCGCACGUCGCCGUACGACCACAUGCUGCCCAGCGCAGCGCACUUCGCAGACUACGCAGGCCGCCUGGGCGUGGGUGCCACCACGCAUGUCGUGAUCUACGACGGCAGCGACCAGGGCCUCUACUCGGCACCGCGGGUCUGGUGGAUGUUCCGUGCCUUCGGCCACCGCACCGUGUCGCUGCUGGACGGCGGCCUCCGCCACUGGCUGAGCCAGAACCUCCCCGUCAGCUCUGGCAAGAGCCAGCCGGAGCCCAAGGAGUUCCAUGCUCAGCUCGAUCCCACCUUCAUCAAGACCUAUGAUGACAUGCAGGAAAACCUGGAGGCCCGGCACUUCCAGGUGGUGGACGCCCGAGCAGCUGGCCGGUUCCGCGGCACGGACCCAGAACCACGAGAUGGCAUCGAACCUGGUCAUAUGCCCGGUGCAGUGAACAUCCCAUUCACUGAGUUUCUGACCAAGGAAGGCCUGGAAAAGAACCCAGAGGAGAUCCGCCGCCUGUUCCAGGAGAAGAAGGUGGACCUAUCCCAGCCCCUGGUAGCCACGUGUGGCUCCGGUGUCACAGCCUGUCAUGUGGCACUGGGGGCCUUUCUCUGUGGCAAGCCCGACGUGCCUGUAUAUGACGGCUCCUGGGUGGAGUGGUACAUGCGCGCUCAGCCGGAACAUAUUAUCUCAGAGGGCCGAGGGAAGACCCACUGAGGCUAGGCAGGACUGUUCAGCUUAGGUGACACCAGACCACCAGCAGUGCCAGCCCGGUAGCUCCGACUCUGCUUUACCAAAAGAGUGCCUCCUCAUCCAAUUCAGGUGGUGUUUGGGGUGACAGCCCAGGGAACAGGAAUUCCUUCGACUCAUGGGCACCCAGUGGAGGGGGUGAAAGGGUGACCAUGGGAGGGUGCCUUGGGGGAGGGAGGCCAGGCCACAGACCCACCUGUAUGGUGCUAAGCUGGGGCCCACCAGAGAAAUAAAACACCAAGGGUAAAACUCUUAUAGCUCUGAGUAUGCCUCCCUUUCAUGAGAGUUCAGGGGUUUCUACAUACAUGGCAGAGGUUACUUCGGACCUGGGGGAGCCUGUUGUUGCCUUCUAAGUAAUGCUGGGGCCUCAGAGCCCCUGUUCCUGUGACCAGAAUACCCUGUGACAAACUGUCCUCAACCUCUACUCCUGGAGUCUCCCUCUGGCUUCUGGGCCCCUUUGUUUCAUUUCCAUUUUGUUUGUAUGUAUGUGUGUGCAUGCAUGAGGCCAGAGACAACCUUCUCCACUGUUAUUUUUCAAGCACCACCCACACUGUGUUUUGAGACAGGAUCUUCCAUUAGCCUGGAACUGACCAAGUAGGCUAGGCUGGCUAGCCAGUGAGCCCCAGGAAUUCACGUUCUCCAUCUCCCCAGUGCUGGGGUUACAAGCUAGCCGCAUUGUACCUUCCUUGAGCAAUAUGAAGACUUAAAUUGUGCAAUUUACAGAAACUGUUUAGCCUGGUGCUAGACACAGUAAACACCAAAUACUA